AUGUUUUUACAUUUUAAAGGCCUAGGUCCACGCUGGGCAUGUCCAUACAACUCCGGUACCAAAAGCACAGAACGAAUUAUCGCAGAAUUGCAAGGCAAGACAAAUGAAUUACAAUCCCUGGACUCUCAACCAACAUUUGGGGACAUGCUCGAUAGAAGCACGAAAGUACAGUUCAAUAUCAAUGCGAAACACCGCCUCUCCACAGCUGGUGCAAAGGUAUCCUCUUCCCACAAACGAAAACGGCUUGCGUUCGCCUUCAGAUCCAGCAAAGGACAAGAGAGCUACGAAUACCCUGAAAGGUAUUCGGAAUUCAAGGCAGCGCAAAUCCAAGCUCACAGAAGAGGAGUCAACAAAGCGUGGGCUCUCUUUUCGAAGUACAUGCCACAGCAAUGCAUUGGUCUUUUGAAAGAGAAUGACUGCUGGGAGAAACCCUAUGUAUAUAAGAAACCAGAAGGGUGUUUGGUGGUUGACAGUCCGCCAGGAAAAGAUCACAAUCUCCUUCAAAAGUCGUUUGCGGUGAUAAAUGAAAAUAUUGAUUCAAAAUGCAACGACGACGAACGAGAAGCAGAUAUUAACAUCCCUGAGGAAAGUCAGUACGAAGGACAGUUGCAUGCCAAUGAAGACAUGACCAUCAAGCCUGGCUCCGUGACACCCGAGGAUCAUGGGGAUGAUAACAGCGGUGGAAAAAGGUGGAAGGUCAGUAAGAUAGUUGACGGCAAGGAAACUUACAUCCACAUCAAGCAGGCCUUAAAACUUCUUCUACCCCGCGAGUACGUAUCUCGUUGUCGUCAGAAGAGACACUGGGCAUCACAGUACCUCCCAGGAAAGGAGCCCUUGAAUCCAAAACAUGAUAUAAUAAAGUACUGCAAUGUUGCUUUAAAGGUCACCCUCAAUGGCACACCAGUAUACGACAUCGGGCGAGUAGAGGUCAUUGAAUCGACAAAGGAUGGAUCGGAUGUUGUAAGCUUUGAAAAGAAAGGGAAGCAGUCGGUGCGAGUACGUUGCUCCUUAUACACGGAGGACGAAAAUGAUGUUUAUUUCUUUUCUAAUGAUGUGAUUCUUACAAAAUGGAAACCACCUUCGGCUAUCAUUGGGGCAGUAGAUUUGCAGCCUGUCACAGAUAGUCCCGGAAAGUACAGGCUUCAGUCGGAGUGUAAAGCUCAUUUAAAAGAACUAGGAUUCUCGCCAAGGAAUGCCAAACGUGACAACGACACCAAAUCAUCUUCAAAUCAAACUGAAGAUAAUGAAGGGGCCACGGAGAAAGACGACUACUACGAAGUAGACGAAAUCGUAAGUCGGCGUCUCUCCAAGGACACCCUCGCAUAUGAGUACAAAGUAAGGUUCAAGGGCUAUGGGGAAGAAGACGACAUGUGGUUGCCAUCAUCUUUUUUUAACCGACCGAUAACCUUCCAGUCAACAUCCAAGUUUGGUAGGAAGAGGAAACAUAAGCUAGAUCCCGAUAUGGACCAAGAAACACACAAUAAAAGAAAGAAACGUCAAAGCUCUUCUUUCGAAAAGGCCACUGCAAAACCCUCUAGAAUGUCCAAGAAAAUUACUAAGAACAGCAAAGACAAAGGAAAAUCCUUUCGUUCAAGCUUGAAAACCCUUACAGCCGAAGAACAAAGCAACAAUGAGAAAGCAAACGACGGUAACACACAAUCAAGUGGGCGAAAUCAAAUCCCUAGAUCGAAUGUUCGAAGUUCUAAUGAGGUUGCAACAGGGAACGAAACAAGACGCAAUGUCAUCAAGGAGGAGGGUUCCUUCACGCAUGGGAUAGAAUCCUCAAAUGUGUCAUAUGAUACCACAAGUGCGGUGAAAUCCCGUACCGCAAAGCUUUGUGAGAUUGUUCACGUCGACCAGCUUUCCUCAGAUGAAGAGUCAGGAACCGUGAUGGGCAUACUGAGAGACGUUGCUCGGCGUGAUGACAACUUUUGCAAUUCAAGGAGGACCCUUGGCUAUGCAACCUUUCCCGAUGUAGAUGCAACGUUGCAGAGUUAUCUGUGCUCCUCUGGUGAGCAUGCCCGUGGAGUUAGCAUAACAGAUGCCCUGAGAGUAACAAGACUACCGCCAUAUUCUUUAAUCGAAGACGCAGAGAAGGAUAUUAAGGAAGAAGCAAGUUCCCAGAUUCUUGUUCAAUUUCCUUCCUACGGAACCUUCAACAAAAGGGGCAUCAAUAUCUUGAAGAGAUUUCAUCGACUGCGACAACUUCGUGGCGAAGUCCAAUUUGAAGAGAAAUGGCUGAAAAAUGUUUUUUCAAAUAUGAAAAACUGUAUGAGAGAUGAUGUGACUCACGCCCUUCUAGACAGAGUGAACGAAGAGGAAAAAUACCUGGUGUCCUAUAAAAACUAUAGGAUAACGUCUCAGGAACUUUCAGUCAUGUGUGGGGAGAGGUAUCUUUCUGACGAAAUCAUCAAUCUACUGAUUCAAAGAUACUGUGACUUAGCAAACGAGAAGAAUCAGUCUUGUACUUUCAUCCUUUUGCCAUCCUUCCUUUCCGUUGGAGAAGUGUCAGGAAAUUUGAUUAGGAACAUUUGUACCGUUGAAGACAUGAAUGAAGUAGAGGUAAUGUUCCUUCCUGUCCACAUGGCUGAAUUGUGUCACUGGGGACUUGUCAUAUUUUCAGUGGGUGAGCAAUCAGUGUUCUUCGACGACGGAUAUCAUUGUCAAAUAUCACGAGAUCUUCGAUACAGAACAAACAUUAUUCUCUCUACGAUUCACGAAAACACCGAGUUAGUUAAAUUUAAACAGUGCGAUUGGAAAGAAAUUCAGCGAUUCAAGGUCCCAAUGCCAGACCAACCUAAAGCUGGCUCCGGCAGUUGUGGUGUGGCCGUUAUAUGUGCCGUACGUGACAUUUGCUCUGGAAAUGACGACCACUUCACUUGGACAUAUCAAGAUACAUCAUACCUGCGCGCCCAGUUAAUGGUUGAGCUCGUUAAUCUCGCAUAA